UACAAAAAUUUUGUUUACAAUUUUGGCUCACACCUGUCAUUUCUUACGUUUGCUUAUUUAAUUAUGUCCCCAUUAAUCAAUGCUGGUUUUAUUUUGCGUCUAUAACAUAAAUUGAUAAUGUGCAUGAAUUAAUAUUUGUUUGUGUCAAUUUUAAAAAUCGAAAAUGCAGUCUCUAUAUCAGUACUUAAAGCAGGUCAGCAUUGCAAUGAAAACCAAAGAUGGUAUCAAAAUGUCUGACUCUUUUUCUCUCCGACACUCACAUACCAAAAACUCAAACUUACUGAAUGUGGAUUCCGAAGAGGUUCUUCAAACUAUCGACCACCAUCUUGGUGAAAUUACUCUAUUACAUCUGAAAUGUGUAACAGCCGUUUCAAGAAAGGAUUAUAAUGAGGCAUACAGCUAUCAAAGUCCUCUAGUUCAACAGUGGAUAAAACUGUUCCAAGCAAUCAAAGAUGAGAAUUGGCUUCUGCCGGUCAUGAUCACAGUUUGUUUGGAUCUGCGAUGCCUGGCCCUGAAAGUCGGUACAGUCACUUCUGGAGACUCAUCAACCGUAACAAAACCCCGAGAGGCUUUGGAGAAAGCAGCAGAGGCUCUUAUGAACUGUUUUAGAAUUUGCACCGCUGACAACCGAGCAGGUGAGCGGGAGACGAAAAAAUGGGGCAUGAUGUCUUUCGUUAACCAGCUUUUCAAAGUUUACUUCAAGUUGAAUAAAUUGAAUCUAAUGAAGCCACUCAUUCGAGCCAUUGAUUCUUCUCCAUUCAAAGAGAAGUUCUCGAAAGCGCAGCAAAUAACGUACAAAUAUUUUGUCGGAAGAAAAGCAACUUUCGACAGCGAAUAUGCCCUAGCCAAUGAGUAUUUAACUUAUGCGUUUGAAAAGUGUCAUAAAUCAAUGAGGAAGAACAAAAGAUUGAUUCUGAUUUACUUGGUUCCUGUGAAAUUGUUAUUGGGCUACAUGCCAACAAAAGCUGUCCUAGAAAAGUAUGAUUUGACCUCACUAUGGGAGGUAGCAGAGGCAGUCAAGUGCGGACGUUUAAAUAAUCUAAAUAGGGCCAUGGAGAAGCAUCAGUCAUUUUUUAUCAAGAGUGGAAUCUACUUGAUCCUUGAAAAAUUGAAAUUAAUUGCCUACAGAAAUCUUUUUAAGAGAGCGUAUCUUCAAGUAAAAAAUCAUGUAGUACCCAUGCAAGUUCUUCUAGCAGCUGCGCAAAUUGUUGACAAUGAGCCAGUCGAAAUGGAUGACGUCCACUGUUUAGUCGCCAACAUGAUCCAUAGUGGAAAAAUAAAAGGAUACAUCUCACUUGCUCAUCAAAAGUUGGUUUUAAGUAAAGUAGAUGCUUUCCCAAAAUUAAGUAACAUAAGUCAUUCUAACUGAUAAUGCUUGUUUCAAUUGAACUUUAAUUUUAUGUAAUUUUAUACAACCCAAUCAUUUUAGUAAUAAACUGUUUUUUAUUAUUUCA